CAUAAAUACGCGAUACUAUUUAUAUUUACCCCCGUCCAGAAACAGCAAGUUCAUUCGAAAAUUGCAAGCGUUCCUGUGCAUAUCAUUUCAUAGAAAAAGUGUAAGGAUAAUUGAAAAAACAAAUAAUGAUGGAGAACAUUAAGGACAAAACUGUUUUGGUCACCGGUGGUGCUUCCGGAAUCGGCUUUCAGUAUGCUAAAAAAUUGUUGGCGAAUGGAGCGAAAGUUGUCGCUAUACUCGAUCUUAGCACUUCCCCUGGGCAAACCUCGGCGGCUAAUUUGGAAAAAGAAUUUGGAAAAGGCAAAGCAGUGUUCUACCCUUGUGACGUGACGGACACUGUGAAAUUCGAAGAGACGUUUAAAAAGGUCUGGAGCACAUUUAAUGGACUGGAUAUCGUAAUUAACAACGCUGGAAUGUUGAAUGACAAAGACUGGCAACUAACUAUCAAGUUAAAUGUUGGUGGUGUGAUCCAGGGAUCGUAUCUCGCUAUCGAUUACAUGGGAAAACAUAAGGGUGGCAAGGGUGGUACUAUAGUUAAUAUUGCAUCGGUCGUUGCUUUAAAAGCCUAUCCAGCUAUUCAAGUAUAUUGUGCCUCCAAGCACAAUGUGAUGGCAUUCAGUCGUUGUUUACAAAAUUACUAUGAGAAAACUGGAGUACGAGUACUGACGAUGUGCCCUGGUCUCACUGACACUCCUUUGGUCGCGAAUGUCCAAAAGACGGUACGCGAUUUCGUUGACGGAAACGAGGUUCAAAAACUAGUCGAUAGCCUUCCUAUACAACCAGCAGAAAACGUAGCAAAUGCUAUGGUACUUCUUAUCCAGAAAGGUAAAAAUGGAGCAAUUUGGGUCAGCGAGUGUAAUCAGAAACCUUACGCUGUUGAAUUCCUCGAUGUCAAGAAAGUUGAAAUUGACGUAGGAUUAAUUAUUAGAAAAAUGCAGAUCAAGGAUAAAAGAGCGAUUGUGACAGGAGCUGCCAGUGGUUUGGGUUUAACUAUCAGCAGAGAACUUCUUCGGAAUGGUGCCUCUACAAUCGCGAUGAUAGAUAUUCGCGAAUCCGCUGGGAAACAAGCGAUGGAAACUUUGAACGCGGAAUUCGGCCGCAAUCGGGCGAUUUUCUUUCGAUGCGACGUCACCAGCAAUUUCGAAUUCGAUGAUACGUUCAAGAAAGCCAUCAAUAUGCUCGGUGGCUUGGAGAUUCUAGUAAACAAUGCUGGCGUGAUCGACGAGACCGAUUUCACAAAAGCUAUAGACGUAAACGUGACCGCGGUGAUACGUGGAACGCUUCUAGGAAUCCAACAAAUGCAAAAAGAUUCUGGAGGCAAAGGGGGUGUUAUCGUGAACAUUUCGUCUGUGGCUGGUCUGCAUUCUUUAUCACAAUUUCCAGUAUAUUCCGCCACGAAACAUGCAGUGGUUAGCUUUAGCCGUUCCUUUUCACAACCUUAUCAUUAUCAGAGGACAGGAGUAAGAAUAAUAGUAAUGUGUCCUGAACUGACUCAACCAGUAACAAUGGAAAAUUUAUCAAACAAUUUUCCAGAGGAAGAAAUUAUUCAAAGAUAUUGCGGAAGAGUGGACAGUAUCGCGCAUGGAGUAAUUUACGUGAUUAGGUGCGCGCAAAACGGAAGCGUUUGGAUCAGCGAGGAUGGAAAGCCGGUUUACGAAAUCCAAUUAUCCGACAGUUUACCACAGAAACCUGACGAUCCAUUGAACGAAAACGAGAUUAAGAUAAACUAAAUCCUGAAAGUCUGUAAAUACAGCUUUAGUAUUAUUACGGUGACUUUUGAUAUUCGUGUAACGAGCAUUAUUUUAAAAAUCAAUCAAAUUUAUAUAUCUAGGAGUUUAUAUAUUUAAUUAAAAAAACCAAAUUAUUAUUUUGUAGGUCGAUGGUACUAAAAGUUUCAACAAAUAAAGAACGACUGUAAAAUA